AUGGAGAGCUCCGGCUUGUUCCUGCUUCUUUUGUGUGCAGCCCUCCUGCUCCUGCACUGCCAGGGCCAGUCCAGAGAAGCCAUCUCAGCAGAAGACUACCCAAGUACAAAACACAGCGACUCCGCCGAAAAGGAACUGUUCGAAGCCAUGGAAGAUAUACUAGGGAAAAUCCAGAACACCAGGUUUUCUUCCUAUGAAAAGAAAGCUGGACAAAUCCCUAUGUGUGACAUCGGUGAUAGAUGUGCAGUCAAGCAAGGGCCCAGGAUUGGUAAACUGUGUGACUGUGCCAGGGGCACCACCUGCAAUUCCUUCCUCCUCAAAUGCAUCUGAUGCUGAGUGGAAAGAAAAAGGCAACAUAUGGAGGAGGGAAAAUGACCCACCCCUGAGCAAAAGUCAGGUGGAUCAGUGUUGAAACUUCAGCUGAUAAUUUUGCUAAUUUGUGAUCCAUGAAUUCCAAAAAAGAAUUGUAACUUUCAUUAAAACUGAUUAUUGUACCAGU